CAACUCAUGUACGAAUACAUUCUAACAUUGUAGGUGGAACAACUUGCAGAGGGGAUAUAUCAAAUUUUAAAGGACAUGUAUGGUACGAUACUGGAGUGUAUAAGAAUGAUCAGUGGAGAAAUUCUGAUCAUGACUAUGUUAUGGAAUUAACGGAUUUGAAUCUAAUUGGUCUUUAG